UCAUCACCAACAAAAAGGAGAAAUAAGCUACCAGAGAGAGAGAGAGAGAGAGAGAGAGAGAGAGGAAGAGUUGUGCUGAUUCCAAGUGCAAGAAGAGGGAGAGCAUCGUUAACCAUGUCAAACAUCACAGGUGAUGGAGGAAGCUUCUCAUCUGGGACCAACACAGGAGAAGAUGAGGUCCAUAAGCAACGCCGUCUCUUCUAUGGUUCACCGGCCGCCGCGGCGAACAUCGAUAUCGCUGCUUCGCAGCUGCUGCCUGUGAAGAAGAAACGCAGCCUUCCGGGAACUCCAGACCCGAACGCUGAGGUGAUCGCGCUCUCGCCGACGACGCUGAUGGCGACGAACCGAUUCGUGUGCGAGAUCUGCCACAAGGGGUUUCAGCGGGACCAGAACCUGCAGCUGCACCGCCGAGGCCACAACCUUCCAUGGAAGCUGAGGCAGCGGAGCAGCGCGGAGACGAGGAAGAGGGUGUACGUCUGCCCUGAGCCCACAUGCGUGCAUCACCACCCCACCCGCGCUCUCGGUGAUCUCACCGGCGUCAAGAAGCACUACUGCCGCAAGCACGGCGAGAAGAAGUGGAAGUGCGACAAGUGCUCCAAGAAGUACGCGGUGCAGUCGGACUGGAAGGCUCACUCCAAGACCUGUGGUAGCAGAGAGUACAAAUGUGACUGUGGUACCAUCUUCUCUAGGAGAGACAGCUUCGUCACCCACCGAGCCUUCUGCGAUGCAUUGGCUCAAGAGAACCACAAGCUUAGCCAGCCUCUGAUGGUCACCAUGGCUUCGAGCUUGCAGGGGCAUGUCCCCGGUCUCACGAUGCCCGUUCAGCUCACCGACGCCGACCACCUCAUGCCGGGUUACAUGGCCGGCGGCACGCUAUCUGCCUUGUUGAACCCUCCUUCCACCUCGAACGUGAGAAGCCCGAUGGGCUUCGAUGGGCUGAUCGAGGCCCAGAUGUCCAGGCCCAUGGCUCACGUGUCCGCGACGGCGCCAUGCAUCCCAUUUAAGGCCCACGAGCUGUCGUAUCAGAUGGUUGGAGUUGGCGGCGCCCGAUCGGGCGAUCAGUUCUGGGAUGCUGAUGGUUCCCUGAAGCACACCGUGGACUUCCUAGGAGUCCGGGGAGAGAGGAGGCUCCAGCUGCAGCAGCAGCAGCAGCAGUUUGGAGGAGUUGGUCAUGGUGAGAGGAUAGAGAGUCUGCAUCCACUGCAGCAGCAGCAGCAGCAGUUUGGAGGAGUUGGUCAUGGUGAGAGGAUAGAGAGUCUGCAUCCGCUGCAGCAGCAGAUGGGGCACGGAGGCAGUCGAGCGGAGGAUUGAUCUAUUAGAGAGAGAGUGUCAUGUAUCAUCCCUCUUCUUCUUGCCAUGCAAGCUGGCUUCUCUUCUCGGCCAUGAGAUGGUAGACACAAAGUAGCAUAGUAGUAAAGUGGCUGCUCUCUCGGUUUGAAAGAUCCAAAAAAAUCAGAAAUCAAAUUUUCGAUUGAACUU